AUGACUUCUCACGAUGGGGUUACACCCACCAAGGUCCUCGAGGCCGACGAGAAGGCUACCGGCAGCCUUCCCGGAUACGAAAGCGGCAGCGGAAAGGCUGUCCGCGGCGACAUCAGCGAAGAGAAGUGGGCGACCCGGAACGGCUUGAACCUCGAGUCGUUCAAGAAGCGCGAGUAUGGCCGCGGCGUGGUUGAACUCGACCGUGCCAUGAGCACGCGUCACUUGCACAUGAUUGCCAUUGGUGGCUCCAUCGGUGCUGGUUUCUUCGUUGGUUCUGGUGGUGCUCUGAGCAAGGGUGGCCCCGGUGCUCUCUUCAUCGAUUUCUUGCUGGUUGGUAUUAUGAUGUUCAACGUCGUGUACGCCCUAGGUGAACUCGCUGUCAUGUAUCCCGUCUCCGGUGGCUUCUACACGUAUUCGACCCGCUUCAUCGAUCCUUCCUGGGGUUUUGCCAUGGGCUGGAACUACGUUUUCCAGUGGGCAGCCGUUCUCCCGCUCGAGUUGACUGUAUGCGGUCUGGUUAUCGGAUACUGGAACGACACCGUUAGCGUCGCUGUCUGGAUCACCAUCUUCCUUGUCGCCAUCAUCGUCAUCAACGUCUUCGGUUCCAUCGGAUACGCCGAGGAGGAGUUCUGGUCGUCGUGUCUGAAGCUGGCUGCCACCAUCAUCUUCAUGAUCAUUUGCUUUGUGCUUGUGCUCGGUGGUGGCCCGGCUAGCGGUCGAUACAACGAGUACCAGGGCGCCAAGCUGUGGUACGACCCGGGUGCCUUCCGCAACGGCUUUAAGGGUUUCUGCUCCGUUUUCGUCACUGCCGCCUUCUCCUUCUCUGGAACGGAAUUGGUCGGCCUUGCGGCUGCCGAGGCCAAGAACCCCGUCAAGUCGCUCCCUGGCGCCAUUAAGCAGGUGUUCUGGCGUAUCACCCUGUUCUACAUCCUGGGUCUGUUCUUCGUUGGUCUGUUGAUUCCGUCUGACGACCCUGCUCUGCUGUCCGAGUCCUCCUACUCCGAUGUCAAGGCGUCUCCGUUCGUUCUCGUGGGCAAGUACGCCGGCCUCAAGGGCUUCGACCAUUUCAUGAACGUCGUCAUUCUGGUGUCCGUCUUGUCAAUUGGUGUCUCGGGUGUGUACGGAGGAUCUCGCACUCUCUGCGCCUUGGCCCAGCAGGGUUACGCGCCCAAGAUCUUCACCUUUAUCGAUCGCUCUGGCCGUCCCUUGCCUGCGGUCUUCGCCAUCAUCAUUUUCGGCCCCUUGGCGUUUGUCAACCUGAACUCGUCCGGACCUGUUGUGUUCGACUGGUUGUUGGCGCUCUCCGGUCUCGCAGCCGUGUUCACCUGGGGCUCCAUUUGCCUGGCGCAUAUUCGCUUCCGCAAGGCGUGGGCCUACCACGGCCACACUGUGGACGAGAUCCCCUUCAAGGCGAUCGGUGGUGUUGCCGGAUCGUGGCUGGGACUCUUCCUCUGCUUCGUCGUGCUUGCUGCUCAGUUCUACACUGCCAUUGCCCCUCCCGGCACGGACGAGCUGAACGGCGUCGAAGGCUUCUUCAAGUCGUAUCUCGCUCUUCCCGUUGUCAUCUUGUUCUGGGUUGGUGGCUUCUUCUGGAAGCGCACUGGAUGGCUCCGCACCUCCCAGAUGGACGUCGACACUGGCCGACGUGAGCUUGACUGGGACGAGAUUCACGCCUACCGCGCGAAGAUUGCGGCCAUGCCCGCUUGGAGACGCGCCAUCAACCACGUCUGGUAG